UUAGAACUAUCAAUGUCAUUCUGUCAAACCACCUGAUCGUGAUUUGUUUGUGUCACAAGUCCUGAGGAAAAAUUUCUUAUCCACCAUUCUAUGAAAGGAAAAAACUUAUGUAGUCUUUUAGGGCCGCGUGGGCAAUAUAAUAUUGCCGAUAUAAACUCGUAGGUUAACAAAUUGUGUAUAAAUGAGACUGUGGGUGUGUUUGUUGCUGACUUGUGCGUCAGUGUGGGGGUUCCCGGAGAGAAGAUCGGCAUUAGAUAAGCAGCCAGACUUGCCGCAGUUGGCCCAGCAACUGCAGGGCAAAAAGGACAAUAGAGUAAGGGAAACCCCGAGGGACUGUAAGGGAAAGUGCGCGUCAAGUAUAGCACAGAAAGCAGCUGCGGAAGCGAAAGCUGCACAAGCGGCACAAAACGCUGCAGGAGCCCAGGCAGCUCAUAUGGUAAAAACUCAACUAGCUGAGAAGGCAUUACAAGCAGCCAAAGCGGCUGAGGCUGCUCUUGCUGGCAAGCAAGCUGUGGUGGAACAACUGCAGCAAGAAGUGAAGGAGGCCGAGGCAGUUGUUGCGGAGAACACGGCUGCAGUGCAUCAGCAACAAGGGACUGUCAACGCUGCGGUGCAAGUUGCACAGCAAGCCACUGCUCAGCACAAGCUAAUGGUACAAGCUACUCAACUGGCCGCGCAACUAGAAAAGUCUGCGCACUGUGUAUUAGAAAAGACUAAAUUCGGUUUACAAGAGAAGUGUCACAACCUCUCGGAGGCGAGAGCAAGACUAGCGCACUUGCAACACAAGCUGCAGUGCGCAUGUGCGGAGUGUGCGGCGACCAAGCAAGCGGCGCACUGUGCGUGCGAGGCGGCGCGGGCGGCCUGCGGCAACGCGCGGCGGAAGAAGCACGUCGCCAACCAGCUCGCGAUAGCUUCCAAAGACAGUAAGCGAGGCCGAUGACUGACCAAGUAACGAAGUAUGGUUAAGUAAUUGAAAUACCAGAGUGGGUCAGGAAUCCAGAUUCAUUGGCGGAGUCCGCACAAAUUGGUAGAUUUAAGCAGUGUGCUUUAUUUUAUAGUUAUUUACGCUGUACAUACAAGGAAACAAAUUCUGCGCGCUCUGGAUUAGUUACCUGACUCGAUGGACUGUCGACACUAGACAUAGAAGCUAUGUCCGCCAAUGAAUCAAAUGCAAAGAGAUGGAACUAGUUCUAUCAUAAGUAACUUGUACAAAGUGUACUGGCUGGCUGUUAGAGCAGUUUGGCAACAGUUUUUGUCUCCCUCUGUACAUAUUGCUGUCAUUGACUUUUUGCGCAAAGCUUCACACUAUACUUACAAACCGAGGAAACGCGCCGAAGAAAUAGCUUUCAGUAUUGACUCUUCUAUGUACUAAGAACUCGAUACUUUUAGGCAAAAUGUGAAUCGAAAUUUCCGCUGAACGAGAACUUCAUCAACAAUAAUAUUUCUAACUGUCUAUGUUGCUAUAGGUACCUAGGUUAAUUAGUUAAAUAGGUGGUACUCAGUUGAAUUUGAAACUUAGCACACGUAUCAAGAAGAACCUGGAUUAUUUUGGAUGAAGACGUUUUUGAAAUUUUUGGCUUUUGAAUUAGUGACGAAGUACUGUAACUGACAGAAAGUAGGCUUACAGAUGUACAAUAGCAGCUUUUGCAUUUCAUUUUUAUAGGAAUGUAAAUAUUGUAUACUUACCGGACGACUUGUUUUCGAGAAUGUGUGGAUUGCGAUGAAUUUAUGAUACUUUUAGAUUAACUCGAUUUACUGUAGUUUUAUAAUUUGUGUGUUAAGACGUUCGACGUAUAAGCUUUUGAUAUGAUUGAUUUCGUUUAAGCUUCUGUUUAAUAUAGUAUGGAUCAUGUAAAUUGUGUUUCAUUUUCGCUAAAAGUUUUGUAAAGUUUGAAACUAUCGCUCUCUUAGAUACCGUGACACAGGCAUUGUUGGCAAAUAAAUUCGAUAAAUUUUGUUAUGAUGGUAAUCUGUUUCUUUGUACAUUUCAAGAAACUGGGUAUAAAUAUAUGGUGUAAAUAUAAA